CACACACACUCUACACACACCUCCCAGACUCGUCCACAGGACACACGCCGGUGUCGGAGCGGAGCGCUGGCUGCACCGAGCCACUACCAUACAGUGAGAGAGAGAGACAGGAGCGGGUGCCGCAGGAGGUGGCACGACAUGACCGGUCUCUUUGGAGAGCAAGGGCGCAACACUUCUCCUUAUUUAUUAUUCUGUGACUUUUGCGCCGCGUCAAAACGCAGCUUGUGACACUCGGACUGAGGCUGCCAAGGGCGCACUUACUGUGGACUUUAGCUUGCUACCACCGAGCCCCUCUUCAGGAGAGCCGACCCUCCUGUGCGCAAAAUACGCGGGGACGCAGAGGGGGAGAUACGGGGACUGAGAGGCGCUCAGUCGGAACUUGACGCACCCUGGAGCCGCUGUCUCUGGAGCGCACAUAUCGCCCGAAGCCUCCCGGCUGCGAAGCGCACGCAGUAUUGAUCAAGGAGUUUGGUUGGUCACUAUUUUUUGGAUGAGAUUCAGUGGCAUCGCGGACUGAUAGAGGCAGAGGGCAAAUAGAAACCUGAAUUUCUUCAAUGCCAUGUAGUUGGCACAUAGUUCCCUCCACCGAUGGUUUAAUAAUAAACGCAGUGGGAUUACUCCUGAAGUGGGCUAGUUUUGACUGCUGCCAACGGGUGUGGAUUUUUUUGGAGGAACAGCAGAAUUUCUACCCUACCAGGCGGAGACACUAGAAACUUAAAAGCUCUCCGCGAGUUUCUGCAUCAUCCAAGAUGGAUUUUGAGUCAUCGUUGAUUGGAUUUUUAAUGGCAAUGUGUCAUCUGGCGUUGAGAGUCAGAGGAGAAGAGGUCCCAGAGUGCGGAGGCGUCUUCGAUGCCAGCGAGGCCGGUUACAUCACCUCCCCCGGUUACCCUCUGGAGUAUCCACCUCACCAGAACUGUCACUGGAUCAUCACGGCGCCGGAGCCGUCGCAGCGCAUUGUCCUCAACUUCAACCCGCACUUUGAGAUCGAGAGGCUGGACUGCAAGUACGACUUCAUUGAGAUCCGCGACGGGACUUCGGACAACUCCGACGUCCUGGGUCGACACUGCAGCAACAUUGCCCCGGCGCCGAUCAUCUCAUCCGGGCCGUCCCUCCAGAUCAGAUUCGUCUCAGACUACGCCCACCAGGGGGCAGGCUUCUCUCUGCGCUACGAGAUCUUCAAAACAGGGUCGGAGUUCUGCUUCCGCAAUUUCACCAGCUCCUCCGGCAUGAUCGAGUCCCCGGGCUUCCCGGAUAAAUACCCUCACAAUCUGGAGUGCUCCUACAUGAUCAUCGCCCCGCCCCACAUGGACAUCACCCUCACGUUCCUGACCUUUGACCUGGAGAACGAUCCCCUGCUGGUGGGAGAGGGUGACUGCAAGUAUGACUGGCUGGACGUGUGGGAUGGCCUGCCGCAAGUGUCUCCUCUGAUCGGCCGGUACUGCGGGACAAAAAUCCCCCCAGAGAUCCAGUCGUCCUCCGGCCUGCUGUCCCUCUCCUUCCACACCGACAUGGCCGUGGCCAAAGACGGCUUCUCCGCCCGAUACAACAUGACGCACAAAGAAGUCAGCGACUCGUUCCACUGUAGCAUGGCGCUCGGUAUGGAGUCAGGGAAGAUCAGCGAUGAUCAGAUCACCGCUUCGACAACCUUCUACGACAACCGCUGGUUGCCGCGCCAGGCCCGCCUCAACAACGACGACAACGCCUGGACGCCUUCAGAGGACAGCAACAAAGAGUAUAUACAGGUCGACCUCCACUUCCUGAAGGUGUUGACAGGCAUCGCCACACAGGGGGCCGUUUCCAAGGAGACGCAGAAGUCCUACUACGUCACGACCUUCAAACUGGAGGUCAGCACGAACGGGGAGGACUGGAUGGUGUACCGGCAUGGCAAGAACCACAAGAUUUUCCACGCUAACACCGACCCAGCUGAGGUGGUGCUGAACCGGGUCCCGCAGCCGGUGUUGGCCCGGUUUGUUCGCAUCAGACCACAGACCUGGAGGAAUGGCAUCGCCCUGCGCUUCGAGCUCUACGGAUGCCAGAUUACAGAUGCUCCGUGCUCAGACCUGCAGGGCCUGCUGUCCGGCCUGCUCCCCGACACGCAGAUCUCGGCCUCCUCCAGCAGGGAUAUGGUGUGGAACCCCGGGACGGCACGUCUGGUGGCCAGUCGCUCUGGCUGGUUCCCCGCGCCUGCGCAGCCGCUGGCUGGAGAGGAGUGGCUUCAGGUGGACCUUGGUGUGCCUAAGACGGUGCGUGGAGUGAUCACCCAGGGGGCGCGGGGAGGAGACGCAGGAAGCGGCGCGACCACGGAUAACCGGGCGUUCGUCAGGAAGUACAAAGUGGCGCACAGCCUGAAUGGGAAAGACUGGAAUUUCAUCAUGGACAUGAAGACGAGCCUGCCUAAGAUUUUUGAGGGGAACACACACUAUGACACCCCAGAGCUGCGUCAUUUUGAGGAGAUAGUGUCCCAGUACAUCAGGCUGUACCCGGAGAGGUGGUCUCCAGCAGGAAUCGGGAUGAGAGUGGAGAUACUGGGCUGCGACCUUCCAGAAACCACCACGCCAGCCGACACCGCCACGCCAACCCUGCCUGCCGACACUGAAACCACCACUUUCCAGGUUCCCGGAGCCCCCUCUUCUCCGUCAGACAGCUUGUGUGACUUUGACCACGGCCUGUGUGGGUGGACGCACGACCCCAACGCUCCUCUGCUCUGGUCCCUGCACAGCCACGAGCUCGACAGCUACCUGUACAUGGACGCAAGCCUCAAGACGGAGCAGCAGCGAGCCCGGCUGGUGAGCCCCGUUGUGGCAGCUGACACGGGGCCCCUCUGCCUCCUCUUCUCCUACCAGCUGUGGGGGGAGGCCCAGGGCCACCUGAAGGUCCUGGUGCGGGACGCCCACAACGAGGAGACGGUGCUGUGGACACUGAAAGACGAUCAGGGCCCGGUCUGGAGGGAGGGUCGCACCAUCCUGCCUCGAUCCCCGAAAGACUUCCAGGUUGUGAUGGAGGGUUUCUUUGUGCACGGCACCAGAGGACACAUCUGGAUCGACAACAUCCACAUGAGCCCGAGCACACCCCUGAAAGAGUGUACACAACCCUACGCGGCGUUCUCUCCCGAAAAUCCAGGGGGAGGCGUUCCUGUGCCUCCCUUGCCCAUCCACUGGUAUUACAUUAUGGCCGCCGGGGGCGCCCUCCUUCUCCUGGCGGUGGCCAUCUUGGUCAGAGCCCUCUGUUGCUGCCGACAACACCUGGCCACCAAGAAGAGCCAGCUGUCAGUGGCCUAUCACAGCUCCUCGCAGUGCUUCCAGUAUUCUAACUGGUCCUCCAGUAUGGCCACCCCAGGGGUGGAGCCAGUCCUGACAGUGAGGUUGGACAGCCGGGACCGACACCGUACCCUCUGCUGAAAAGAAGCACGUAGCUGUGUUUGGCAGAGCAGGACGGCAACUUGUGAUGUCAGUGGCGGCGUGUGUCGCGAUGCCGCAAGGUGGACGAACCCCUUCCCUCAUUUAGUUUACAGUUGCAAAGGGUGACGACGACCUAAACUGCCAAGUGAAAUUUUUGCAAAGACUGUGCUCUCUCUCUCUGUCUCUCAUGGAUGUAGCUUCGGUUGCUGUUUUCUUUGUUCCAUUAAGGAGUUUGCUGUUGACAUUUCACACUGUGCUGCUCCUGAUGAGAGGACUGAAGUCUGAGUAAGUUAUUUAUCUGAGCAGCUUGUUUCGGACCAUUGAGUGCCGUCUGGCUCCUCGUAACCCCAACGGUCCUCCUGGAAUGACCCCAGCAUGGACACACACACACAGACAUGUGUGGGCUGGGGAGAGACGGGGGUCGAGCUGGUUCCGCUGCGAGAGCCAGCCGGAGCUGCCAAACCACAGGCUAAAACAAGACCCCAGAGACACGAGGAGCUCUGCAGUGAUGAGAGAGAGAGAGGAGAAAACUGUUAGGCUGAGAGGCAUUCGACAUGCUAGCUGUGGAAAUGAUCUGGCAAGCCCCAGAAAAUAAAGCUCUUGGUAUCUCUGUAAUAACAACACGAGAUAGCUGUGAUAUGAGUUGUACCAAUAGCGAGGGGGGUUGUGACGGAGGAGUGAAAAAAAAUCCUUCCAUUGUGCUUUUCAACAGAGCAUGUGCACAUUUAAAAACAAAGGAAUGCAAAUCCAUCAUACUUUAAGUCCUGCAUCACAAAUGGAGAUAACCAGCUCGUUUGAUUGAACGUCUUGUCUCCUCCUGAUAAAGGCAUCAGUCAGUGAUGGAUGCAGCCGUCCUCAGUGUUUAGUGUUUCAUCUUGAUUGUCUGGCGUAAUAAAGCACGUUGUUCCCACUCCCAUUUAUGCUCCAUACCACCCACUCCCGUUGUUCCCAGUGUCUCUGAGCUGCCCAGAUGAAACUCACGCUGAGCCCCAGCCUUGUCGUGUUUUCAGUGGGAAUAUGCGCUUGUUGUUUUUAGGGUUGUAAAUAGACACAGCUGUCUGCCAUCGCCGUUUUUUCCCCUUGAUUUAUACUCCUACAAAUCCCACAAUGCUGCUGCACCAGCUGGAAGCCAUAAGUGUGGUGUUUUGCUGUAUAUGUGCGCCCUUGAGAGGGAUCCAAGAUAUGAUGGAAACCAGAGCCGAGCUCCAGCUAUUGAUGGUUCUUCAUUUAGUGCCAUAAGACGCCGCGAGGGCUGUUAAAGGGGAGCUACGCCUGUUUUCAAAAUUCAUACAUGUUAUCCCCAUGGUCUGAGACGGUCCAAAAAUAUUGCGAAACAUGAUCAACUAUCUGCCAAAGCGCUAAAAACUAAUUCAUGAUGUCAUCAAGUAUAAAGUGUGGAGCUGCUGCACAGACACUGAAUUGACACUGAGAUAUAUGGGACAGCACUACAAUAGGAUAAAGCUCAUUUGGGUAUUUAAAAAAGCAAACAUCCUGUCGGGCCACAAAAUCAGGCGCCCAUUUCUUGUCUAUAAGCAGCUCCAGACUUUAUACUUGACGAAAUCACAAGUUUGAGAUGUAUCUCCACUUUUGACGAUUUUGACUUUCUACGCACUUUGAUGGACACUUCUGGCACCUAAUGGAGAUACAUGUUGAAUAGAUGAUGUACUAGACGUCUUUCCAUUGGUCAUUUGGAUAUCCAACGCUAACGGUUGCUCGGGAAUAUUAUGGACACUCCAUGCACUGUAGAAAAUCAAAAUCGUGGAGAAAAGUGGAGAUACGUGUUUUUCAUCGGACAGCAACAAUUUGACAUUUAUCAGAUGGAGAUAAAAAAGCAAAGAUGAUUCCGUCACAACUUAAAUUUCAGGCUAUGAAUCAAUCAAACAAGUCAUCAAUUAAAAAAGGAAACAGCCUCAGGCUAACAUUAGCUACCCGUGCUCUUACGUACCCUGCCAGUCACCUAGCCUCCGGGAACGUGGCUCAGCCUUGCAGCAAAUUUUCCCCAAGUGGCCACUUGCGGUAUUGCAGCAAAAAUGCGCCUAAAAAGGCAUUUCCCGUCUCAACCACCAUAUAAAAGAGACGUCUAUAAAACUGUUGACAGGACAGGACAGGAUUAUGACUUUCUAUUCUGAAUUUCUGCGCCACGGUGGUUUUAUAUUUGUAAAACCUUCCUUAACCCGAGAAAAGCGAUUUAAAAACCCACGACAUAAUGUCAAUGCAAAGGGGCCAGUUCGUAAAACACCACUGCCCAUAGGCUGCAUAUUGAGGAAGGAAACCUAGAAGCUAAAAACCUUUUUAGCGUAUGCACCAGGCGAGCAACUCCACUGGAAUGAAUAGGCGCCAUCUUGGUGUCAAUUAUCUCGUCAACAUUAGCCCUUUUUAAACAGGAAUGGUGCAAAUUUGCAGGAAAGCCCAAUCAGUCUUCGUUCAGCAUUGGCAGUGUAAAAACAAAAUGCCGCCUACCUACUUUUGUUUAUACAGAAUGUGCCUUUUGGGGGCGUGAGCAAAUAACAAAACGUGCAGCUCAGUGUGUGACGUAAACAGUGACGUGGGAGGGAAGCCGCGGCUGGUCAGUCCUUCGGCGAUUCUCUCGUAAGUCGGCCCGGUCUUCACCGUCCCAGUCAUCUGGCGGUUAAUGGCCUCUUCGUUUGCGAGGACAAGGAGGGCGCGCAAUUCCUUGUCUCCCCAGUUGCUCAUCUUUACAGUGUCUGUCAGGUUUGUGUUUCCCUCUUGCUACUAGCUGCUCGCUAAUUCCUGCUAUCAGCUGUUUCCUGUUUAUCGGAUAAUUGGGCACCUCGUACGGUAGACA